CUUUAAAUGAUCUUUCUCCCCACAUUGGUGCAUAGUUUGAUCAUGGAAUAUUUGAGAUGAAUUUAAAAUCUGAUUAUUUUCAACCAUCAAAAGGCGUGAAGGAGACACCCUUCCAUCUUCUCCAAGAUACUAUCAAGAAACGCAGUUGUUAAGAAAUGUUCUAUACCAACCUCACAAAAGAUCAACAUUCCGACGAACAUGUGAAUACAUCUAGUGUUGAUGUUAAAAGUUCAGAACCAAAAACUGUGGCAGAUCAACGUUCUGAUGAAACUUUGAAAUCAAAAGCAGAUAAACUUUCAGAUGCUGAAGGUGCAACCACGAGUAAUGUUACUGUUGAAAGUUCUGGAUCAACAGUGGAGAUUAAUAUCAAGACGCUAGAUUCACAGUUACACAGCUUUCAUGUCGACAGAAAUAUGCCAGUUUCAUUAUUCAAGGAAAAGAUAGCUGGUGAAGUUGGCCUUUCAGUGGAACACCAGCGACUCAUCUUUAGAGGCAAAGUGUUGAAAGAUGAAGAUCUUCUUUCUGAAUAUCACGUUGAAAGUGGACAUACACUGCAUCUAGUGUCUAGACAACCAUCUGAUAUUCAAGUCUCAUCUGACUUCCAUGAUGCAGAUGACACAUUUUCAACUCAAAGCAAUACAGAUGCUAAUUCUAUUGGUGGGCAUGUUUCCCACAAUGAAGAUGGUAGUCCAGAUAUAACUCAGGUGAUUGGGGCAGUUUUGAAUUCCUUUGGGGUAGGGGGUCAAACCCCUGUUGGUGUAUCACAACCAAAUAUGCAGUUUAGCAUUCCCAUGCAAGUUACCCAAGGAAAUGAAAGAAACCCUAGUCCUACUCAAACCCCAGCACUCGUACCCACAAUUACUACACCAAUUCCUGAUUCUUUAAACACAAUUUCUGAGUUUAUGAACCAUAUGGAACAAGCAUUAUCACAAAAUGGGAAUCACACAUCAGAUAAUCGUGCAACAGAAUUGCCUUGUAAUGCUAAUGGCUUACCAUCACCAGCAGCUUUAGCAGUUGUUAUGCGACAUGCACAACGUCUUCUCAGUGGACCCGCUGUUCAAUCUCUAUCUAAAACAGCAACACGACUGGAGGAAGAAGAAGGUUCUACUCAUGAUGUCACAGUAAGAACCCAAAUCCAAUCGGAAGCCAUGCAGUCUGGGCUUGCCAUGCAACAUUUAGGUGCUCUUUUCCUAGAGCUUGGUCGUACAAUGCUCACAUUACAUAUUGGAGAAUCUCCCGCUGAAUCUUAUGUAAACCCUGGGCCAGCUGUUUAUAUAUCUCCAUCGGGUCCUAAUCCUAUAAUGGUUCAGCCCUUUCCUCUACAAACCAAUUCUCUAUUUGAUAGUCAUGCAAAUGCAAAUGCAAAUCCUGGAGCUUAUACUCCUAUUGGAAUUGGAAGUAUCCCAAGGCACAUUAACAUACAUAUUCAUACUGGAGUAAGGGAAACUAAUGUUGAAUCAUCAAAUCAAGCAAAUGAUGAUCUUCCACAGGCUCCAAUGGAUACACAAGGUGUUGGAAAUGUUGUUUCAAGUAGUACAAGAAUGGAAUCUUUAAGUGAAACAGAAGGUGCUUCAUCAUCAUCAUCCAGUGGGAGGAGUAGUAUCCCUACAAAUGCUUCUUCUAUUCCUGUUGGACUUGGCUCAGGAGGUUUACAACAUAAGAAGCGACAUUGGCCAACAAGAUCAGAGGUUGUUGGUAGUGGCCAAUCAGAUCCAUCUGCAACAAUGAAUCAAGUUAUGCAAGAUCCUACUUUAUCUGGUUUACUAUCAGGACUUUCAAAUCAAAACGGGAAUAAUUCUCAAGAUUUCUUUAAGAAUCUAAUGAAUCAAGUUUCUCAAAACCCUACAAUGAUGAACACCAUUAAUCAACUUGCUCAACAGAUGGAUGGUAAUCAAGAUCCAGGUGGCAUGCGUAGUGGGCCCAGGAGUGGAAAUCUUGAUAUAUCAAGUAUGGUUCAACAAAUGAUGCCAUUUGUCUCUCAAGCUCUUAAUCAUGGAAGUUCAAGUUCAAAUAUGCUUCAACCCACUCCAUCAAGGAAAGGUGCUCUUAAUAGACGUUACAGCAGUGUGAAGAGUUUGAACACUAAUGAAAGAUCAAGUGAUUUUAAGAUGAAUCUAGAACAUGUGGCCCAGAAAAUCGUGGACCAAUACCCACCUUUAGAAAUCUUUUCAUCAUUAGUUGAAACUGCUUCUGGAUUAUACAACAGUGCAUAUGAUACAGGUGCACUUGAUGAGUUAUGCUCAGAAGAGGAGUUGGCUCAGGAAUUUAUGGAGAUGUUGAAACGUGAUAUUUCUAGAAGACUUCAAGGAGAUAGACGAUGAUCAUUGCUCUUUUUUUUUUUUUGGUUACUUAUUUUACAAUGGAAAUGGUUUUUUUGGUUGCUCGUUUUUUUAUUCUUUAAUUUCUAUUGAAUUCAAGUUUUGGUUAAAG